CUUGCAGUGUCCCCCCAACAGAGCCCCAGCCAAGAACCUGUCUCUCUGCGAGCCGACACCCACCUGUCUCUGCGUGUGGAGGGUGUGGUCCAACGAGGCGAGCGCCCCGCCCUCUUCCGACAAGUCAGCUCUGUCAGCAUCUCCGUGGCAACCAAUCUGGUCUCUCGAUCCACGGCCGUCAACCCCAAUGUCAAGAACACGGAGGUGACCAGCGUCCAGUUGAGCCAGACAGUACAGCCCCACAACGACUACUUUACCACCAGCUUCGUCCUACCCUUCCCCGUGCUGGGCAUACACAUGGCCAAG